UGUACCUAAAAAAAUAAUAAAAAAAUUGUAAAGUCUGUGGUAAAUGUUUUUGUUAUCAUCCUAAAUAAAUAUUUGACAAAAACAUCGCACACAAAAAAAACUGCAUCGCAUUGUAUUCUAAUCAAUUCAGUUAAAAAAAUAUCUAAAAAAUUCCGUUAUGCGUUCAAACAAGUAAAGCAGUAGCAGUAAAUUCAUAAAAUAUUAAUAACAAAGGAUAAAUGUGAGAUCGAUUUCGGCAUAAACAAAAAAAAAACAUUUUUUGUCAUAUUGCGGAUAAUUUAGAAAAACAAACAAAACUUAACCGACGACACGAUAGUACAAAACCUGCCAUAAAUUAGAUAUAAAUUGUCUCCGUUUUUGUGUUCCAAAAAUUGAAUUGUGAUUCCUCCCCGGACCAAAAAAUAUAAUUUUAAAUUUAAUUUUAUCUAAAAAAUAAUAAAUAAAAGGGGAACAAAAGUGUGACUUUUAGAAGUGUCUUAAAUAACUGCGAAACCGAUUGUGUCAAUUUUAUGUCAUAAAAAAAAAUCUGGGAAGCGGACGGGAGAAAAGUGCUUUAGAAAUAUUUUUUUAAUUAAAUUCAAAGUGUGAUAUUGAAUGCGGUGUGGCAAACAAAAAAAAAAGAAGGCUGAUUUUUAGUGAAAAGAGGCAUUUAACUGGAAAUAACUUGAUACCUGAAACGAGAUAAGAGUAAAAGCAAUAUAGAUUUGCCAAAUAUUGACUCAAAACGUCGAUAAUAAUUAAAAUAUUUUGUACCUUCUUUGUGUCAAAUUAAUUCCUUUAUUUGGGUUGAAGAAGCUUUUUUAUGGAAAACGGUCCGAUAGCAGCGAGUCCAUGGAUUUUUGUAAAACUUGGUGAAACAUUUGUAUCAGCUACGCAUGGCAGGGUACUUAGUGCAAAGUAAAAGCAUCAAAUAUUCUACUGAUACUCCGACUACGACAAAUUCAGUGAGGGCUUUUCAUAGUUCCACGACAUCGUCAUUUAAUCGCGACCGAUUGAACUUUAUUUUAGGGCAAAAGAUUUUGCUCCGUAUGCUCGCCCCACAAUUGGAUCCAUUUAGGCGGGACUUUCGCCAUACAUCGAUAAAUAAAACCAAAAGCAAAAGUAAAAACCAACAAUGGAUUUCAUCAACGGAAUACCACAACUGCAACAAUCAGCAUCAACUGCUGCUGCAAUCAGAUCAACACCAACUAGUGCUACUUCUUCUCCAACUAAUAUCAAGUCUAAUUUUAGUACGCCGAUUAGGGGAAGUGUGUGUAAUAACUUAAGUGCAGCAGCCACAACGGCUGCGACAACGACUCAAUCAAAUACUUUCGAAAAUGAAUCAAAUAGUGGCGGGGGCGGUUGUGUCGAUGAUCCAGAGACUUCAAACCUAAAAAUACUAAAUAAUAAUAAGAAUAAUUUGAUAUUGAAUGGCAGUAGUAGUAAUAAUGAGUGCCCGUCGUACAGCGACGAUUUGAUACUGCAACAAAAGAAAAGAGUCGUUAGUGAUAAUAAUUUCUAUAUAAAUAAUUCAAGUGAUAAAUUAAUAAAUACUAGUGAGGAAGACGAUUACGAAGAAGAUGACGAAGAGCGCGAGCCAUUGCACAAUGGCUACCUAAUUCCUACGAAACAACCAAAUAACAACCACGCAAAAUGUGAUCCAACCGCAUCCGCAAAUAAUAAUAGUUUAAGAAGUAGUCGUAAUAAUUUACACCUUAAUUCUAGCAGUAGUGAGCUAAGGACGUGUUCCGAGACCAACAACGAAAAGGAAAACUGUGAUGAAGUGAAGCAGCCGUUGCUCCUGCAAAUCAGCCAAGAGGACGAAGACGAGCCCGUAAAACGACCAAAAAGUAUUGUCAAAAGUAGUAGUGUUAGUAGUUUCCGUGGCGACCACAUCCUCAAGCAAAUUGUCGAGCACGAGCGGCCCACGUUGCACGUUCAGUUCUCGCAGAGCGAGGACCAACCGCCGCCGGGCUACCAGAGCGACGAGAAACAUCAAGUGCCGAAAACGCCCACGGGCAGUAUACUGUCACGAGGUUCUGAAUCCUCAUCAUCUUCCUCGUCGUCGUCGUCGAGUUCCGAAGAAGAUAGUCAGUUUUCAGAGGCUCCUGACGGUGGCUGGGGAUGGGUUGUGGUCUUCGCCUCGUUCAUGAUCAACCUAAUUGCCGACGGCAUCACCUUCAGUUUUGGCGUCAUUUUUGUCGAAUUUCUCAACUACUUUGAGGAGAGCAAGGGCAAAACGGCCUGGAUUGGGUCCCUUUUUAUGGCGAUGCCACUGUUAUCCGGACCAAUUGCGUCUUUUUUGACCGAUCGCUACGGAUGUCGCAAAGUCACGAUCGCCGGAUCGAUUCUUGCUGCCUUAGGAUUUGUCUUGUCGUCGAUGGCGCAAAGCAUGGAAAUUCUCUUUUUGACGUUCGGCAUCAUUUCUGGAUUCGGGUUGAGUUUAUGUUAUGUGGCUGCAGUUGUCAUUGUCGCAUAUUACUUUGAUAAACGGCGAUCGUUGGCAACUGGUCUGUCAGUUUGUGGCAGCGGCAUUGGGACAUUUAUCUUUGCACCUCUUAUCCAAAUUUUGCUCGAUGAGUAUGGAUGGCGUGGCACAACUCUCAUACUUGCGGGAAUUUUCCUGAAUAUGUGCGUUUGUGGCAUGCUGAUGAAAGAUCUCGAAUGGACGAAGCAACGUGCGAAGCUGAAGCGACGUAAAAAGCGGGGAACGGCAAUUUCAGCGGAUUCGUUCUCAGUUAGCAACAGCACAAAUACCGCAGGAACGAUUGGAAAUCUGCCAAAUACGAUACCGGAAAUUAAGGAACCGAAUGACGGCGACAACAUGACACCAGAUGAUCCGAGAUUGUUUAGUUCUUUGAUUACGCUUCCGACUUAUGUACGAAACGGUGAAAAGGUUCCAUUAGAAGUUCUUGAACUUUUGUCCCGCAACCGCAAUGUCCAUAGUGUCCUUAUGCACAACUAUCCCAGUCUUUGUCACUCGCGCAGCUUCAGCGAGCCCCUUUCGUCCAAAAAUAACAUUUUAUCGCCCGGUGGUACCGUGAUUCCCGCCAGCAGUCCAACGGACCGCAGCAAAUCGUUCGGAUUCACGGGCAACACCGACAUCAAUCAACUUCCAUUGUGGCGUCGCCAUCACCAACGAAGUAUCCGCACUCCACCCACUGCCGCUUACCUAAAAGACCUUAAAAUGCACCGGCAUUCCCUCACGUAUCGCGGUGCCAUGCUCAACAUAAAUCGUUAUCGGUUGCGGGCAUCCUCCUGCCCCGACAUUUAUCGCAAUUCGAUGACAACGAUUGCCAAGGAGAAGACUGCAUGGUAUCAGGGCAUCGAGGAGUUCAAAGAUCUCUUUGCCGACAUUUUGGAUUUCAGUUAUUUCACGGAUAUUCGUUUCUGUUUGUUUGCCUUGUCGAAUUUGCUGCUGUACACGUGGUACGACGUGCCCUAUGUCUAUUUGACGGAUUACGCGAUCGAGAAGGGAUACACCGAGACAGAUGGAUCGAUGUUGGUGUCGAUUAUUGGCAUUGUGAAUAUGGUUGGGGAGAUCGUACUUGGAUGGGCAGGUGACAAAGAGUCGAUUAGCUCGAAUUUUAUCUACGCCAUUUGCAUGGGAAUGUGUGGAUUGAUCACAGCUUUGGUGCCAUGGUGUAAAACUUACACGUCCCUUGCCACAUUAUCCGGCUUCUUUGGCCUCUUCAUCGCCGCCAACUACUCUCUCACAAGUAUUAUUCUGGUAGAGUUGAUCACCCUCGAAAAAUUCACGAAUGCCUAUGGAUUGCUGUUACUCGUUCAAGGUAUCGCAAACCUGAUUGGACCACCUCUGGCAGGUUGGAUUUAUGACAUCACCAGCACUUAUGACUUGUCCUUCUACAUUGCUGGAUUCUUCAUUGGCAUGUCUGGACUCUUGUUGUUGGUCUUACCAGCAAUUGGCAAAUACAAAAAGUACAAGGCGCUACGGAAACAAGCUGAUAUCGAGAAAAACGGAACGAAUUGUGGCAAAUUGCCCACAAUCAAAGAAAUCCCAUCGACCAAAUCAAACACGAUAUUGAGCGACUGCUUCGGAAAAGACUUUGUUAAGGAUGGUGUAGGAGUUAAAGUUUAAAAAGUUGUUUUAUUUUAAUAUUAAUUAAUUAUUAUAUCUUAGUAGAAAAAUCAAAUUUCUAAUAUGUAGAAAAAAAAAUUUAAAAGUCCUAAUAGGAAUGGAAAAUACGAAUUAAGACAAGCAAUUUAUAAAUAUUUACUUUAUAAGAGAGUAGUAAUUUUUUUUUGAGUAUUUCUUAUAUAAUUAAGAAGUAAGAUAUUAAAAUUUAGUGAAAUUAAAUUUUUAAAUAAAAAAAAUUAUAUUAAUUAUCACGAAUUUAAUUAUUUUUAAAUUUUUUAAAAACAAAUAUUCUAAAAAAAGGAGAGAUUUAUGUAAAAUUUACUUCAAUUCAUAAAAUUUUACUUCAAUUAGUCUGAAAAAUAAUUAAAAUAAAUAUUUUUGGAUGACUUUCACGCUGCUAGUUAACACUUGAUGAUGAAGGAAAGUAGAUGAAAAAAAGUAUUUUGAACUAAAAAAAAUGGCUUUAGAGGCACGCACUCAUUCUUAUGGUUAGAUAUUAGCACCAAAAUUUAUUGGAAUUUGAAAUUUUUCUAGAACAUGAUAUGGAGAGAAUUACAAGAGCGCAUUUUUGGAUAAAAAUUUUUGAAAAACGCAAAAAAAGGAACUUUAAGAAAUCGCUAUAUAUUUUCAUCACAAUAAAACUAAAAUUGUUGGAUCACCGCUGUUAAAAAAAUUCUUAUGUGGAGAGAUGCCCAGUAGUAGAAGUUCUUAGCUCAACCACAGAAAUGCCAUUUUGAAAGCUUUUCGGAAGCUUAGCACAAAAAAAAGUUAAAUAAUAACAAAAUAUUUAAAGGUUCAUGAUUAAAAAGUAAGAAUUAGCUCUAAAAAACUUAGCGAUUUACCAAAUAAUAAUUAAUUAGAGAAUUAAAAUCUAGCCAAGUUAAUAGUUGACUCAUCUAACUUCUCUACCUACAGAUUUUAAAAAAUGGAUUUGGUAAAAAUUUUACUAACAGAAUUUUUGAGAGCUGGAUCGCUUCCAAGAAAAACUACUUAGAUACUAUUACAACUAAUAAAAAAGUAGAAAAUAGUCAUUAGGCCGUUUUAAAUUUAUUUUGAACUUUUGUCUUAAUUUUUUUUUCUUUGAAAAUUAAAAAAAAAAUGAAAUUUGUAAU